UAAGCCUCAGUGCACACCCCUGCCUUGGAAAGCUGAGAAGGAGAGAGAGAGAGGAAAAGAGCAGAGGAACGCAGCGGCUGUGUUGUUGUGGUCAGUUUACGAACACUGCUCAGGCAGAAAUGGAGGGGCUGAACUACAGGAACUGACCCACUGUUAUCAAGAGCAGUGGAAUACGUGUGGAUGGUCUUAUUGAGAGUGGAUCAGCAUUAAAAGGAAUAAACUGAAAGGAUAAACAAACAGGACUGAAUAAGUGUUUGCACAAAGAAAAGUUUGCCAUGGAUCAAAGAAGGAAAUUCCACUGCAAGAUCAUUAACUUCUCAUCUGUUUGAUCAUCAGGAGCUGAGGGCUGCAUGGGUCCGGUGGUCAUGCCCCCAGGGAAGAAGGCUGAGGGCCCCAGCAGUGGGAGUGUAGCACGGGGUCUGAGUCAGCUCUACCAGGACACAGAAGCAGCCGAUCUGUCUCUCGCCCUGUCAACAUCUCUAAGCCGAGCGGAGGACGAGGAGCUUACCAGCCUCAGCUGGCUGCACGAGAGCACAGAUCUUUUGACCAGCCUGGGUCAAUCUGGCCUGCGUAGCGUAAGCCCCCUGCAAGAUGCCAACGGCAGCCGCGAGCCCUCUUCUUCCUCACCAUCAUCCUCUCCUGAGCCCAGCGAGCCGCCCUAUCAUCUGUCUACGGGUCCCAGCCGAAAACCUCCGUACUCUUUUAGCUGCCUCAUUUUCAUGGCAAUAGAGGACGCUCCCUCAAAGCGACUUCCUGUCAAAGACAUCUACGGCUGGAUACUAGAGCACUUCCCGUACUUCGCUAGUGCCCCUACUGGCUGGAAGAAUUCGGUGCGUCACAACCUGUCACUUAACAAGUGCUUCAAAAAAGUGGAUAAGGACCGCAGUCAGAGCAUAGGAAAAGGUUCUCUCUGGUCUAUUGAUCCUGACUACAGACACAAUCUGAUUCAGGCGCUGAAGAAGACUCCAUAUCAUCCGUAUUCUCCUCGGCUUCCAAAACCUUCUACCUCCCCAUCUGCCUCUCCUCAGCAAUACCACAGUCCUCCACUAUGGCCAGGAAGUCCACUCUUCGGAAAAAAUGGAGGAGUGCUGUUGCAAGUUCCACAGAGAGUGAUACAGCAUAGUUCACGUAUGGCCACUCAAGGGCUCUUUCCAGUUAUCAGACCCGUUCCCUUGAGUCCUGUGAGCAACAGGACCACAGCAGUGAGAUCAGCCCUGGGCGACUACCUGACACAGGGUAAAAACGGUCUGCACAGUGACUCUCCUCCACCCAGCGAUGAUCAACAGGAGGAUCACACGUACAGCACCUCACAGUCCCUGAGUAUGAAGAGGGACGUUUCUUCCCCCCUCUCCUCCUGCUCCACUCAGGGAUCCCUCUCUGCCUACAGCCACGAUCAGGAGCUGAUGGUCACUGAGGUCAAGGAGGAACAAAAAGACUUUCCCCUGGACACUAAACCACCGCCUUCCCACCUCCUACUCCAUGUACGGACCCCUGACGACACGCUUCCCCUGAAAAAGAGGAGGGCAGACAAACUCCUGGGAAAUGAGGAAGAAGAUGAGGAGAUGAAGGAGGCUGCAGGGUCGUUGCUUCACCUGGCUGGCCUGCGCAGCGGUCAGUGUGCGUGUAAAGUUGAAAAGGAGCUAAAAGAGGAAGUAAAAGAUGAAUGAAAAUAUGGUUAACGCAGAUCUAAAUACUUCUGUUCCAGGAUAUCAGGUGAAUAUGGUCAGUUGUUGCAAUAUCAAUAAAAUCACUGUCGUCCUUGUGUUUUUUAUUUUAUUUCUGGCUGAAAGAUUUUCAUGUUCAUUGUUGUUUUUCUGUGUGUAUCUGCGAGCUUAUUCGUGCCAGUAUGUGUAUGUGCAAAGACGGAUAAAAGCCAUAGUUUUAGUCAUUUGAGUGCAAAAAUGUUUUAAUGUUUUUUUUUUUAUUAUUUCAUUAAGCCUACCGAACAAUUAAAAAAAACUAAAGGUGCACUUAGCAAUUAUCUCUUUACAAAAAUAAAAAAGUACUUUAAAAAAAAUGAACUCUUUCCCCGCCAGCGUUUUUUUUUUUUACGUUGCCAACCAGUGCCAGCAUUUUUUAUGAUUUUCACAAAUGUUAAAUGCCUUACAGAAAAUGUUCUUCUUUAAAUAUAUAAACAUACAAUAUAUCAGAUAAAAGAACAGCCCCUCUGCUUUCAAACAAAAAGAAAUGUUUCAUCCUACCUUCAUUAGUUCUCUUUUUAUCACCUCUCGAAUAUAGGUUUCUUCAAAAACACACAAUUUUAAGCAAAAGCUGGGAUAAUUCCUUUUUUGUAAAGGACUGUUGAUAGAGAUCAGAUGCAGAGCGAUCCUCAAAACUUACAUGGGGUUCUUACUCUUUCACGUAAGGUAUUGCUUCCGGGUUGAAAAAGUUGCGGAAGAUAAUAGCAGUAUUGCAGAUUGCUGAAAAUACUCGUCAUUGGCAGGAAAGCGUUUUCUUGUCAAUGGCGGGGAAAGAGUUAAUAUACACAUAUUAGUAGUUAAAGGUCCAAUAUGUAGAUUUUUAGCACCUAGUGGUGAGACUGUGAAUUGCAACCAAUGGCUCAGUCCACAUCUCACCCGUCCCUCUCGAAUUGCAUAGUGAAGCUACGGUAGCCGCCAGAAGACAAACAUGUCGUCGUCCAAGACAAUGUAGUGAUAAAACUCGUUUUGUAGAACGGUUUGUCCAUUUAUGGCUACUGUAGAAACGUGGUGGUGUAAAAUAGCGACGUUUAUUUAAGGGGACCCACGGUGUAUAUAGAUAAAAACGUCUCAUUUAAUAAAAACAAUACAGUUCAUUUCUUAAGGUCUUUAUACACUCACCUAAAGGAUUAUUAGGAACACCAUACUAAUACUGUGUUUGACCCCUUUUCACCAUCAGAACUGCUUUGAUUCUACGUGGCAAGGUGCUGAAAGCAUUCUUUAGAAAUGUUGGCCCAUAUUGAUAGGAUAGCAUCUUGCAGUUGAUGGAGAUUUGUGGGAUGCACAUCCAGGGCACGAAGCUCCCGUUCCACCACAUCCCAAAGAUGCUCUAUUUAUGCCAAAUUCUGACUCUACCAUCUAAAUGUCUCAACAGAAAUCUAGACUCAUCACACCAGGCAACAUUUUUCCAUCUUCAACUGUCCAAAUUUGGUGAGCUUGUGCAAAUUGUAGCCUCUUAUGUAGUGGAGAUGAGUGGUACCAGGUGGGGUCUUCUGCUGUUGUAGCUCAUCCGCCUUAAGGAUGUGCGUGUUGUGGCUUCACAAAUGGUUUGCUGCAUACCUCGGUUGUAACGAGUGGUUAUUUCAGUCAAAGUUGCUCUUCUAUCAGCUUGAAUCAGUCGGCCCAUUCUCCUCUGACCUCUAGCUCUAGUGAUUGGUUGAUUAGAUAAUUGCAUUAAUGAGAAAUUGGACAGGUGUUCCUAAUAAUCCUUUAGGUGAGUGUAUACCACUACUAAUACAGUUAUGUAUAUUAUAUUAUAUACUUUAAAUCAAAGUUUAUUUAUUUUCUGCCAUGUUGAGAUCACAAAAUUAGCUCAACGUUAAUCUCUUUAUCUCAGUAACCUUUCUAUUAUCGCUCACGAAUAAAUCAAAAGUCUGGCUUACUAUGAAUCGUACACUUCGAAAAUGAAAAUUAUGAACCGAAAACUAUUUAAAAGAUAAAGUUUACCUCCCAAACCACUGCCAUUUAGACAUGCACAAAAUUGCUGAGUGCACCUUUAGUUAUGUUGUAGCAAAUAGUUCUGUUUGUUGUCCAUUCUGAGAGAUUUUAUAUGCUGCUUUCAGGUGUGCCAAAGAUGAUUUCCAUUAAUGUGCAGCUAAUCCAUGCACACUUAGUAAGACCAAUAAUAGUUAAAGAAAAAAGUCGAAAUCCUAACCUAUAUUGCAAAAACCAUCUGUAAGGCAAAUAUAUUAUAUUUAACUAGCAGCAAAUGUUUUUUGAGGAUAAAGUGGCCUGUGGAAACACAAAGGUCAAAUGCAAUAUGCCAAUUCUCUCUUAAAUCCUAAUGUUCAAACGUCAAUGAUGUUGGUUCCUGUUUGAAAGCACACAAAAAACUGAUCUGUUUUCAAUGUGUCAGAAAUGGUGGUGUUUUUCUGUAUUUUUGGUUUGCUUCAUUCUUUUUUAAUCUUCAUCACAAUUUAAGCAAUUUGUCCUGUCAGGAUAACACUGUAAAAAGCCUAUUCUCCCUUUUUUACGAAAAGGCAGUUUUUGCCUUAGAUUUUCUUUGAUCGGUUAUAUUGCAUGGGUGCUUGUACAUAAGAAAGAAGUAUUUUCUUUUUUUAACGAAAGAUCAUGUAAGAUAGAUAUUUAGCAUGAGGCAUGGCUUAUUUUCUUACAAGAAAAAAAAGAGAGAGAAAGAGAGCGCCUAGCAGGCAUCUCUUACAGCAUAGGCUUCUUUCUUCGUUCUUUUUGUAACUGUAUCUCUUCUAUACGGCAGACGACUCUUCCAAAGGGAGAGUCUUAUCGGAAACCUGUUAACAGAGAGCUCUGCCUUGUAUUGAAUAUCAGGUGAAACUGAUUUUGCCUUUUUUUUUGUGGUCCUCGGUUUUGGUGGUCCUUUUCGAUUCAUUGAUGUAAGUGUUCAAGUGUUGUUAAUACUCAGUGUUAAAUGACCCACCACUCUGUACACCCUUUAAGGUUGUGCCUGCCUUUAGUUCAUGUGCUUGGAGGUCUGUUCGGUUCUUUUGUAUUGUUAAAUACUCUGUUGAUGUCUUUUUAUUGUGCAACCUGCAUCGUUGAUAUCAUAAAAUUGUACUGAAAUAGUUUGACAAGGAAUUAGAAUUGGCUGUAGUAGUGGGUGAACUGGGAUGAUUCCUGCACUGCUUCGCGAUGAAUAGGAAUGUCGAACUGCCUUUGGGACUAUAUUAAGGGAUAGUUCACCAAAAAAUUUAAUUUAAUCCUCAAGUCGUUCCCAGCCUAAAAAAUAAAUUUCAAUAUUUUGGAUUUUUCUUUAUAACCAAACAGAUCUGGGGCACCACUGACUUUCAAAUUCAGAAAUUUGUGGUCAGCUGAGUUUGCAUUUUUGGGUGAACUAUCUCUUUAAUACAGUUAGUGAUUUAAUGGUGGAACAAUUAACAAGUUAUGCCUUUUUCUAGAAUGUUCCCUUAUUUCCUCUUUGAAGUACCCCUCUCCACAUUACAAACUUCAUCAUCUGUGAAACCGAAUGUCUUUAUUGUUUUAAAAUGUUGGCUGUUUGGGUCAUUACCUGCUGCCAUCACCAUACAUACAGUACAGUUACUUUCAUCUAUUUAAAUGUUUACACUCCACUUCUGUUAAACCUAUGAAACGCUUUGUGUAUGUCCAACAGGGGAGAGGAGCACAUAUAUAUCAAUCAAUCCUUUAAAAUACUAAUCUCCCUAAAUAUUUUAGCACUUUCUUUCAUAGUAAAAAAGCACUAUAAGUCUUCAGCAGGGGUGUAGGGUUGUAUUUGAUGGAGUGGUACUAUAGGUACUGGUCUACUAAAAUGAGUGCUCGGAGACAAAGACACACACACACCGAUAAAAGAUGAUAUGUUGGCAAUAAACUGCUGCUACAGUUUUGCUUUAAAUUUAUGCCAUUUCCCAUAACCCAUGUCACGUAGUUGGUUGUGUACCAAAAACAAUAUCUUUUUAAUUGAUUCAUACACAUCCAUUUAAGGUGAAAGGGGGAGAAAAAUAUGCAUGAUGUAUUUAUUGGUAAACUCUCACUGCCUCUGGAAUUGUAUGUGAAAUAAUAUAAGGAUUUUGUCAAUGUUGUUAAUGUUGUUUGUUUUUUGCCAAAUAUGUUUUUGUCCUUGUACUUACUCACUAGUGGUCUGAUUUUUCAGCACAAUGGAGUCAUGAUGAAUAUGUAUCCGACCAGGUCUAUUUUCAAUACGCUCAGAUGCCAAUGCCGUACGAGUAUAAAGCUGUCUAUUUCCUUGGUGUGCAAUCGUAUUGCCAAAGAACAAUAUCAAACUAUUUCAUCAAUACAUGUAAAUAAUCACACUGUCUCUGAUAAUAAUGUCACAUCAUGUUGUUACUUUUCCACAUAUUUCUCCUGAAACUUAAAAUAAUGUUUAUGUAAUGUAUUGUCUUCCAGUUGCAAUAAUAAAAAUAUCAGAGUUUUAAAUGA